AUGGGACCAAGGAAACCAGAAGUCGAAUACAUCUCAUUACGAAAACUGCAGCUUCAGAAACAAACCGGACCCACAGAGAGAACAGCAGAAGCUUACAAAUGCUUGGAGAGACUCGCCAACAGCGCUUUGAACAAUGGACCCUUUAGCGUAACGUUUGAUAAGAAGCAGCCUCACAUGGCCCCUACUGGCGAUGCCCGAGAUUUUCUCAGCUAUGCUCCAUAUUGGUGGCCUGAAAACCCUCAGGAUCCCAACACAAGGUACAUUCGUAAAGAUGGCAAGCGAAACCCAGACAUUGGCCAUGUCAAGGAUCAGUUUCAAUUGGAGUCAGUGGCCGAGAACCUUCAGUUUCUAUGCUUGGGAUACUACUUUUUCAACAAUGAAAACUAUGCCAUUUACGCUGUAGCAUUGCUGGACACCUUCUUUGUAAAUGAAAAGACUCGCAUGAACCCCAACCUGAAUUACGCUCAAUUUGUCAGAGGCUCUCAGAACCAUUCACCAUUUGGACGUGGAGAAGGAGUCAUUAGCUCGCGUGUGUUAUCCCGUAUCGUGAACCUGUUACCGCUUUUAGAUGCAUUCCAUGGCUAUUAUGCAUUAAAGCAAUAUAUACACUCUUGGUUCGGCAGCUACUUGCAUUGGCUUCAGACCAGUCCUGUCGCUUUAGAAGCAGCAGCAGCCAGAAACAACAUUCAUACGUGGUAUAUUGUGCAAUUGGCGUCCAUUGAACAGUUCCUGAACCCGGUGUCGCCUCAGGUAUCCAAUGUCCUGUUCCGGUUCUUUAAUGAAUCGCUGCCAAAGCAGAUGAAUCCCAAGACGGGCAAUCAGCCAUACGAAUCAAAGCGAACAAAACCACUGCACUAUUUAGCCUUCAACUUGCAGGCUAUCGUCAUCUUGGCAGAGCUCGCCAAAGACGCCGGUCUGGAUAUGUAUCGCUCACAUGAAUUGACCCUGUUAGCCACCUACAUCGCCAACAAGUACGGAUCUGACGAGACGCAAGACAUUACAGAGGCAGUGCGAUGCAUCGAGAUCAUUUCCCAUGCCAUUCAAGACCAAAACGAGGUGUGUAGAUGCUUUGUCGAAAAAGCGUAUCAUUGCAAGUUUUCAGACAGGUUGGGUGGCCCUAAAAAUGCACUCUAUGUGCUGUGGUUCUAA